AUGGCAGAUACUCGUCGCGUAGAAUGGUUCCUCUCCAAAGCAUCCCUCCAACCCCCUCCCCGACUUGGCCCUCUAACCGAACCACCCGCCCAAGAUUUCUUACCAUUCAGUACUACCAAUCGCGAUGCAGCUCGCCAGCUCCUUGUACAGCAGAGGACAUCAGAUCCCAACUAUAAACCUCCAGAUCGACAAAAGCGACAUGUAUUCCGCUCCAAAGAACAAAAGGCCGAGGCUUGCGACACUUCACAAUGGAGCUUUACGAAACAUGAAGUCGCGAGAGCCUUCGAUGCGCUGCUAGCACAACAGACGCUUCCGCCAGCUGGUGUUGCGCAAGCUCUCUUGCUACAUACGACACUGACGUCGUUGGAUGAGCUUUGGGGUCACCUGAAUGAUGCGCAGUUGGAGAAGAGGAUGAAGAGGAACAGGAUGAGCGAGAUCUUGAACUUCAAUUCAAAUGGAAUGUCAUGGUUGAACACAGUGACAUCUCGUGACAACUUCAACUACGUUCACCUGUUAUGUCAAACACAAGCGAGCCAGGGAGUCUUGAACAGAGCGUUUGGCGUGGCUUUGUCCAGAUCAUCUCUCGAGUCUAUGAAGCUUCUAUUGAGCUUUGGAGCAGUUGCAUCUGAAUACCAAGGUCUCAUCAGCCAGCACAUACGAACCAGAAACUUGGAGUUAGUGAGCCUUCUACUCUCAGCGCCUAACCCGAUGACACCCUCGGAUUGGAAAGCAUGUCUUGAACAGGAUUUCGCAAGGGCGGAAGCAGGAGAAGCUUUGUCUCUCUCAUUCAUCCUCAGACUUCUAUCCCAACGCCCAGAACUGGCCUCGGAGUCAUUUCUUCUCGGUGCACUGAGACUACAGAGCUACCAAGCCACAGCUGUGAUGUUGGCCUACGCAUACUCCAACCAGGUCUUCUUCACCGUUCGCCACCAGGCAUGUGAAAUCAUUUCUCAAUACCAGAACGGCAACCAGAAACUAGCGUUCUUUACUCUCCUAUCUCAUUCUGGUCUUGUUGGAGACAACUUGGUCACUCGAAAAGAGCUUGUCAAGGAAGUGCUCGCUCGCCACUUGCCACUCGUCAAAUUGCUUGUGCAUGCUGGUGUCGCCGUCGAUGCCCCCCCUCACAAUGCUUUGAAGUGGGCUGUCUCACAGUUAGACUUUAGCAUGUUGGAGAUUCUUCAAGACGGGAAUCUUUCGUCGCCUGCAUCCCAGGUACUGAGCUACCUGCCCGAUGACAUCCCAGAGCCUGGCAUGGUGGAUUUCAUGAACAUGUUUGGCCCAAUGGGUCUGGGAGGUCAACAGCUUGACUCAUGCCUUAUUGGUGCUGCGCAGAGAAGUCAGCGACACCUCGUCGGAACUUUGCUUCACUACGGCGCAUCUGUCGAGGCUGAGGAGGCUGCUGCCAUCCGCGCAGCUAUUAUGUCUGCUGAUCUGCACGUGCUAAGCUUGCUUCUGCAAGGGCAGUGUGCAUCGGCUAAACUUUCAACGCUUAUUCCCGCCGCUAUGGACGUAUCGCCAAGAACCGUCAGGUUUAGUGUGAUGCAAUGUCUCAUUAGGAAAGGUGUUGAAAGACAGUCACUUGGUACCGCUCUGCUGCAGCUCAUAUCGGAACAAGGCGACAUGGACUCCGACCUCAUCAAACUUCUUAUCGACAAUGGUGCGUCACUGGACUCGAGUUCGGACAUCGAUAAUUCGCCGCUCGUAGAAGUCAUAAAGAAAGGAGAUGUCACAGUCCUCAACAUGCUCUGCGGAGCGAAGCCUACAACAGAAGCAAUAGGUGCCGCUCUUCCCUUUGCUUUCAACACCGUUGCCGCCUUUGGGUACGAUGUUGCUCUUGAACUAAUGACCCUACUUCUCAAGCAAGGUGCAACUGGUCCCCCAGUACAUGAGACGUUUCUCAAGGCAAUCACAGCAGAUGUACCACUCGACUUUGUGCAGUUAUUGACAGAGCACGGCGCUGACGUCAACUACUCGUCUGGCCAGGCCUUCGUUAUGGCAAUCGAGAUGGACAAGCCUUCACUCCUAGAGCUACUAUGUUCUUCAUCCCCACCAACCCAAGCCACAGUCAAUGCUACUCUACCCAAGCUCAUCGAGCCAAAGCACUACAACCUCUCCAACAUCGAGCUCUUCCUAAGUGCUACAUCACGUGCCACACCAAAACCAUCUCUCACCAAUACCUAUGCUCUUAUCAAGGACCAUCCACAGCGUGCAGAGCUCUUACCUUGUCUUCUACGCCACGGUCUAGACAUAGAUGAAGAAUCAGGCAUGAUUCUCUGCCUCGCUGUCAGAGAACACGACAUGGACCUUAUCAAGUCAAUUCUUGCUCUCGGCCCAAGUAUCGCUACACUUUCCAACGCCUUUCGCGAGGCAUGCCAAGUUGAGGAUUCGGAUAUGAAGCUUGAUCUUAUGGAACGCCUCCUUGAGAAGGCUUCUCCAGCCGAGAUCGGACAGUCUAAAGCAUUGCUGCAAGAAACCCAAGCCGCUCUUGAUGGAAACAUGGAUGGACUUUGGUUACUCCUCGGACAUAAGGCCAACGUCAACUUCAAUAACGGUGAAGCUGUUCAGGCAGCUGCUUCAAAUAGCGCAGGAUAUCCAAUCAUCCUUAACAUGCUUCUCUCAGCUGGCGCUACAGAAGCUACCGUCGAGGAUGCAUUUGACGCUGCUAGCAACGCAGAUACACCAGCAAGCAUCAAAACCGGCAUCUUUGGAAGUCUAUUUGCUUUCCACAAAGAUAUCUCAGUUGACAUUAUAUCGCGAGCUUUUGUCAAAGCCCUCGAAAGCCACCCUGAUGAUGAGCAUCUCCCAAACCUGUUACUAGAACAUGGUGCUGGUGCUCAAGUACAGCUCGCCAUGUUAGAGGCAGCAGCUGAAGCAUCUCCAGGCGGACUGUUCCAGAAGCUUCUGCGACAGGUCUCCGACUAUACCAUGCGCAAUGAGAUUUUCGAGCAUGUCCGAAAGCACACUGCCAUGUCGUCUAUGGACAGACACCAAGCCUACGAGACCCUCCUGAAACAAGGCAUAGCCAAGUCCCAGAUCUCUGAUGCCCUUGUAACGUCAAUUAGGAACGAUCCUACUAAUCGGGAGAUUCCUAUGUUGCUCUUGAACAACGGCGCUCAGGUCAACUACAAGAACAACGAAGCGUUCGCCGCAGCAUUUCAGUCGCGUAAUUUAGAGAUGUUUGAGCUUCUUUGCUGUUACCUUGUGAAAGGCGAGCAUGACGAGGCAGCGAAGCUUGUCUUUGAGCAUCCGUAUCUACGGGAGAAUCCCUGUGUUACAGUUGAACAGACUGUUCGAGCCAAUAUCUACAGAAGUGUUCUUACCUGCAACAUCGAUCCGAAGAGUAUCUACACCACGCUCGUUCACUUCCUCGAUUCGCCGGAACCCAGCCUUCCCAUCGUGGAGCUUCUUCUCGAGCAUGGCGCUGAUCCCAAUGAUGAGGAUGGCCACUGUUUCUAUCUUGCGGCACGACACAAAGAGGAAUCUCAUUUCCGAGCACUGUGCAAACACGCAGAUCUAUCCAUUGUCCUCCCCACGCUUUCACGCCGCAUUGUGAAGGAGUACAACGUGACACGCUGGUUCAAGAUCUGUCUUGAGAUGCAACCCUCUCAAAUUGCUGGACUGUCAGACCAGCUUUUGUAUCAGUGUAUACGCAAAUUUCCAAACGGUACUGACUGCCUGGAUGUACUAUUGGGGGCGGGCUUGUCGCCGUCUGCGACGAUUAGUUAUCGUCUGCAUAAGAAUUGGGCGGAUGAGGAGAUUUCGUUGCUUAUUUGGUGUCUUGUGUCUCCAUUGAAAACUGGGAAUAAUGUUAUUCUGAAGUUGCUGGAACACGGAACUUUGCCAGACUACGUGACACCGGACUCUAAGAUACCCACCAUCUUUCUGACACUCCUCGACAAGUCGCGAGCACCUGUUUUGGAAGCUUUGCUAAAGCUUGAUGGCACCAAUGUUCUUAACCAAACCAUCUCCGGCUCAAAGUUCAGCUCUCUAGCUUCAUAUCCCAAGAAAGCUAAACUUGAGUUCACAUCUCUCUUCGAAGACGACGACGAUAUUCCACCACGUGAAGCGUCACUCUUCCUUGGCAAUCUUGACGCCUUCAAAUUACUCAACAAAUCCAUGCUCCCCGACGACGGCACGCUUCAUCUAGCAGCUCUUCUCGCCCUUCCCGAUUUCACAGACUGGCUUCUCUCAACCCACGAGCCAAACUACGAAGAAGAAAACUUUGGCUUCAUGGUUCCGCUGGCACUAACGUGUUACUCUAAACCCUUCCCAUGGUGCAAGGUUGCCAAUGAGGAACAAGAGUGGUUCUCUCGCUUAGAGGAAACUAUCAAGAUUCUAAUCCCAAAGACAUUGUCCAGCUGGAGAUAUCGGCAGAAGCUUCCGCUGCAUCUAGCACUGGAGAACGGGAGCCGAGUUACUAUGGCUAUGUUGAAUGUGCUGAAUGCGAGGGGUAUUGGGAAUAGAGAUAAGUAUUUGUAUACGGAUAAGACGGGCAUGCAGUACUCGCCUUGUGAGUAUGUUGAGACUUUUGUUGAAGUUGAUGAUGAGGAAAAGGUCAAGCUAGUUAAGAUUCUUCAGGAGCAUGGAUUAAACUGA